GAAAAAAUAUUGUAAAUCAUUCCUAAUGGUAUUGAAAAAGGAAAUUAGCACAGUUUUGAUUCAUUUCUAACCAACCAUUACGAUCUGAGAAGGGAAGAGCUAGCCAAUUACAUACUAAUUUCUUCUGCCAGAACGGCUAUGAAAAAAUCAUUACAUUUCGUAAGAGUGAUGCACAAAAACUCCUUAGAAUAGAUGUUAACAAGGCAAGUAAAUUGUGGGAGCGGUUUGUUCAAACUAAAUGGAUUCAAAAUUACGAGAAGAAAUGUUACUUCUAUCCCCCCUCCAAAAAUAAAGAAAUAUUCUUGACUUCCCCAUUCAGAUGAACGAAAAUAUCAGUUUUAUCGUUUCUCCACUUCCUUACACUACGGACUCAUUAAAAUUAUCAAUUAUUUGAUUCUAUUUAUUGCUAUUUAUCUUGGAAAUUUUUACGAUCAAUAGACAUCUGAAUAGAUCAUAUCA